AGUUUUUGUUUAUUGCUAGGGUUGUUUGCUCGCCGAGGGUGGGGAUCCACCAGGGAGGGUCUGAGUUGGUGGGUGGCAGUGGGCGUUGGGAGUGGGUGGUGGGAGUGGGUGGUGGGAGGCAGCCGCGCCUGGCUACGUGACUGUACAAAAGUGGCUCAUGUCGCGGGGGCUUUUUGCUGGAACGGCUCGUGCAGCGCUCAAGUGGUGUUGAUGGUGCUCCGUCCAGCGGUUUGAUUGAUACCGCUGCUGAUUAGCCGCGAAAUGAAGUCCAUCCACAUGGAAAUACUCACAUUGAUAAACAUUCUUGGGCUUCCAAAUUAUUUCCAAGCCUUUCAAAAAUUGUUUUCCUUAACCUAUCUUCUCAGUAGAUACUAUCAGUAUCUAAGCUCUAAUCGGUCAUUGCACAGAUCUAUUCGCAAAACUUUCACUUAAGAUAUUGCAAGUUUUUUGGGCGCCAGUUCAGGGUUUCACUAUCAAAACUUUGGGCAAAUAACUGAAUGAUAAUGCCAACCGCAUAGCCUUGUCUUGAACGAUAUCAAAGCAUGCUCGAUAAGAUAAAGUAUGUUUUUUUAUUUUUAAUCUUUCUGAAAAUUUAGUUUCCAUUUCUGGUUACUUAGUUAGUUAGCCUAAACAUAGCAUUAAAGCCUUAAAUUAUGAGUUUCGUUCAUAAAAGUACUAAAUAGGUGAAACAAAAAACUGUACCUCACUUAUCGUACAUGAAAUCGUAAAUAUUCGUAAAUUAAAUCUGAUUAAAAUUAAAAAUAUAUCUUUGCUGAAGUAAAAUUCUUGUCCAGCGCAGACUCAACCUAGUAAUUAAGUAAAGCAUAUUUUUAGCUUUCUGUACAUUUUUAUCGUUGUUUUAAUAUAAAUAGUCCUCUACUCUAAAUACAUAUAGUUCUUUUCUAAAAAAAAAGUAAUAAUUUCAUCUGAAAUACAUUCAGCAAAUAUUGUAAAAUUUCGUUAAGACUUUUUUGCAUGUUUUGCAUGUUGACAAAAAAUAAAUACUCGCAUAUAGUAUUUGAGUAACCCCAAUUUACUAAGCUAUGGCAACUUUGAAUCAUUGUUUGGUAAUCAUUAGGCUGAAUUUGUUUACUCUCAUUUUAUAAGAGCUAAGACAUUAAUGUUUGCUAUUAGCAAACAAGUCAGUUAUUUGUGCACGAACUAGGCUAGAUAUAUUUAAGUAGUUAUAAAUUGUAUAUGUACAUAGAUACAUAUAUACACUUUAAGCUACAUGCGAUUUUUUUUACAAAAAGUUCUAUAUAAUUUGAUAAAUUAAUAUUUAAAUCACCAUCUCUAAAAUCCUAUUUUUAAAACGUAAGUUUAUCAAAAACUCUAAAUGGGAUGUUUUAUCCACAAUCAAACAAAUUUAAUUCUAAGAAUAAAAUAAAUAAAAAAUGCAAGAAAUACGCAUGUUGAGGAAUUCUUUACCAAAUGAGUUCUUAUCACAGUAUUUUAGUUUUGAAGACUGGUACCGAAUUACACCAAGGAGAUAUGUACCGGAAUCGGAUGCGAUAUAAAAAAAAUCAUGUUCUGAAAAUUCAUCUGGCUUAUCCCAUGAUUGUUUCUAUUUAGAGCACAAGGUUCACUGGUAGUGUUGAGUACGACGCUGUCACAAUUAACAAUUGUCUUUAUUCUCAGUCCUGCAGUAUGAUUAUAUGUAUAUAUAUCCUCAGUUUGCUUUAACGUUUAUAGUACACACACUUGUAGUCCGUAAUUUACGAUGAGUUCAUGUUCGGCCUGACGCUCGACAUUUUAUGGCUCUAUUUUUUUAUUAGACGCGUUUUGUUACUCGCUUUUAUUUUCGCACUUUUCUGGUUAGUCACUUUACGAUCUGGCUCCUCUCGCUCAGCUCAAUUUUAUAACUAAUUAUUAUUAUUAUUUUAUAAUUGUGCCACGGAUCGACUGGGGACGGAGCGCGUUUUAAUGGAAAGUGCAAAACUUACUGUGCCAGCAACGAAAUAACCACACUCGAUGGAACAGCAGACAACGCAGCAGCAACAGCAGCAGCAGCAGCAGCAACAAUUGCAACAGCAGCAGCAACAGCAACAGCAGGCGGUUCUGACCAAGCAACAGCUCCAAUUGCUGGACAAGAUCAAGCUCGAGUCCAGCAACGGUGCCGAGCAGUUGUCCCAGCAGAGUGCCAGCAAUCUGGAGGAGCAACAGGAGCAGCAGCAGCAGCAGCAGCAGCAACCUGCAACAUCGGUGGGCGUGGUGGUGCAGACCAGCCAGGCGGGAGUCAGCGAGCCGGAGGAGCAGUACGUGGUGGUGCCGCGCAUCCAGCGGAGAAUCCUCACCACAGCGGGCACACUUGAACUAAACGAAGCUCGAGAGGGAGAGCCCAGUACAAACGCCAGCAACGCGAGCUCGGGAUCUGCUCCGGAUAGCCACAUCGAGUACCAGCGCAGUGCGCACCACUCGCCCGGAGCCACCCACUACGUGCAGAUGGCGCCGCGAAACGCAGAGGUGCCGGAGCAGGUGGGAACCGCCGCCGGAGCACCACCGGGUGCCAUAUUCGCCUAUCCCUCGGGGCAGAUCAUCUGCAGCGGCGACGAUGUGGCGGCCAUUAAAAUAGAGACCAUCGAGAAGGGCGAGACGGCGGGAGGGGACUCACAGCAGCAGCAACAGCAAUUGCAGCAACACCAGCAACAGCAACAGCAGCAGCAGCAGCAGCAGCAGCAACAGCAAUGUCCCACGCCCAAUGGCGGCAGCUACGGCGAGACCAUAGUAAUCAGCAACGAGGCGGAGGCACUGCAGCAUCACCACCAGCAGCAGCAGCACCAACAGCACCAGCACCAGCAGCACCAACACCAUCAGCAUCAGGCAGCCGCUGCAGCGGCGGCGGCCUCGGCGCAGGCGGUUCACAUUGCCACCAGUUCGCAUGGCGGAACCGUGCGCUUCGUCACGGAGGACGGACGCUUCACCACCGCCGGACCGGAGACGUCCGCCUCGAAUCUGUACUACGAUGCGCCGGUGGUGGAUGGCAGUGUGCACGCCAACGAGUCCAAGACGUACGCCGACCUGGGCAACGCCUACACCCCGUUCCCGCCCAGCUCCAGCUUCAGCGGCAACAGCUAUGCGGCCGCUCUGCAGCCGGGCAACACCAUCUACAGUGUGCCGGGCACCGGGCAGUUCCUGGCCAAGUCCGAGUCCGGCCUCAACCAGCUGCGCCAGGCCGGACCGGCCACCUUCCAGACGAUAUCCUUCAACGACAGCGGCAACGCCAUCGAGGCCUUGUGGACUUCGCCCGCCCCGCCGGAGUACCAGAAUGUGCCCUUCGGCAACUUCCACCCCCAAGUUAUUGAUGAGUACGCCACCGGGAACAUGACCACCACCCACUGGUCGCCCGCCGGCAGCAUCGGCCAGUACGACGGCAGCUUGGUGACGACCUCGUCCACCUCGUCGCCCAACCACGAGCUCAAGUGCGAGAACUGCCACUCGCCGCUGAUGCGCAAGGGCUCCGAGCUCUUCUGCCCCAACUGCCCGCCCUUCAUGCGGAUGGCGCCGCGCAUGCCCCAGCGGCAGGCGAAGCCCAAGGCCGCCGCCGCCCCAAACAACCGGCGCAACGGGGUCACCUGCGCCAACUGCCAGACCAACUCGACCACCUUGUGGCGGCGCAACAACGAUGGCAAUCCCGUGUGCAACGCCUGCGGGCUGUACUUUAAGCUGCAUAACAUGAACCGACCGCUCUCGAUGAAGAAGGAGGGCAUCCAGAAGCGCAAGCGCAAGCCAAAGAACAACGGAGGGGCGCCCAUGCACCGGACACAGCUGCCAAGCAUGUCGCAGGGAGUCAACCUGAUGGCGAACAGUCCGCUCUACCCAUCGCAAGUGCCGGUGAGCAUGCUGAGUGGCCAGCAGAACGCCAGUCCGGAGCUACACGACAUGUCGACGACGGGUCCGGCGGGUGGGCCCCGGGUGGUGGCCAUCGCCCUGAACUCCUCGACCCCGCCCACCUCCGACGGCACGCUCAACAUGUCCGCUCGUCACCACGUGACAAGUGAGAGCCACUCGCCCUACAGCCAGCAGUCGACGCCGCAAAGCCAGUCGCCGCAUCUGCCCAACACGGUGGCGAUAAACCGCCAGAUAGUCCAACCAGUUUCCACCAUCGAAAGCGGUCGCAGUUCCAACAGUGAGCUGACCCCCAGCGUAAUCACGCGCACUGGACUCCCAGAGCGAUCAUCGAAUAACUAAGCUAACUUUCUAACUAACCUUAACUUAGCUACAAACUAAAGUAAUCUAACGUAAUCCUAACCAAAAUGUCAAAAUUGCCAAAAUAUUUAUUUAAGCCUGCCCUCCCCCCCCCUAGCCAUAUAGGAUGUAUAGAGCCAAGACCAAUGUCCCAGUUAGAGGAAUUCUUGACCGUCUUCCUCCCAUUUAGUCAAGUGCUUGCAGCAAGUAUGUAGUUUGAAAUGAUUUGUGCCAACCACUUAGGAUCACUUCGGAUCACUUCGGAUCGCAGCGCUGUACUCUAGAGGUAGUUUAGCGAAAAACAACACAACAAGAGCCCAUAAAGAAGCCUACGAUUUUGUAUGUUUAAGCCUCUUUUUUAAUUCAACAAAAUAAAUAAGUUGUAAACGCAA